AACUUGAAAACCUGCUGGAAACAGUCUCACCGGUGCCGCUGCUGCUGCUGAUAACCGAGAAACAUGUUCUGCAGACGGGCAUGGCAGAGAGUCGGGCCGCUGGCACGGAGGGCUUUCAAACCGGCAUCCACAAACAUGACUCCGGUGCGACACAUGGCCUUCGGGAUUCCUGGAGGCUCCACCAACAUGACGUAUGUUGUUUUGUGUGGAGGAGGCCUCACUGCUGCAGUCGUCUAUGCCUACAAGACAGUCAACGGUGAUACUGAGCGCCCUGAGGACAAAAUCGCCAUCAUAGACACCGCCGCAAAAGCUCCUGCAGCCGAGCCAGCGCCAGAGGUAGCAGCUCCUGCAGCUGAACCCGCUCCAGUGGAGGAGGCAGCACCAGCCGCCGAGGUCGCCGUCGAGCCUGCGCCUGCUGCUGCAGAACCAGUCGCAGAAACUGCCGCCGAACCUGCUGUCGAGGCGACGCCUGAAGAAGCUCCCGCCGCUGCUGUCGAGGUCGUCGUGGCCGAGGCUGCAGCUGAGCCUGCAGCCACAGAAGAAGCCGCUGCUCCAGCGGCGGAGGCGGAAGCUGCACCUGAAGCUGCACCUGAAGCCGCACCUGAAGCCCCUGUGGAAGUCGCCGCCGCUGUGGAGGCACCAGCAGAGGCCCCUGCAGCAGAGAGCGCUGGUACGGCAGCAGUAGAUGAAGUCCCUCCUGCUCCCCCCGCUGAGGCAGAAACUGCCCCUGCUGCCCCCGAGGCUGAGGCCGCCCCGGCUGCAGAGGCGGCUGCAUAAAGCUGUGAUGUGGCUCAGUAGAGCUCCUCCAGAAUGGAAGGCUAGGAGUUAGAUGUGCUGUGUCCCACCUCCCUGGCCUCAGGAAAAAGGACUCAUGAACCCCCUUUUUAUAAUAAAAGGGAAAAGUGGAAAAAAAACACCAUUUACAGUUGGUUAUACCAGUUUGGGGUUCAUCAGUCCAGUUUUCAGGUGCCUUCCUUCCUUUACCUCUCCCCAACCUUCACAACCAAACCACAACACCUGGCUUUAGUCUGUGUGGUUGGAUUCAGUUUGAUAAAUUCUGUUUUGUUUAGGAAUUCUCAUCACCAGACCAGAGCAAAUCCAAAUUACGGUUUGGCGACUGUACAGCAAACAGAGGAGUGUUUAAACUAGGUGACAUAAGGGACAGAACUGAGUUGAUAACUGAUGUUCUCUGUAUAAUUUAAGUGCCCUUAAAGCAGAACUGUGCUGCAUGAUGUUCCCUCGCUUGUCUAAAAAUGUCCAAACGGUGAACGAAUGCAGCUCGUUUUUCGAUGUUCAGCCUUGUUUCUGUCAACAUUUACUCUCUGCCUCACUACGACGUAAAACCAGUGAGCUCUUCCUCGUCUCUUGUUCUGGACCUUUUUGCACAAAUCCUCUCAGCGUGAAACAUACAUUUAAUGUCCUUCUCUGCUUCUUUGUUCCUCCUGAUAUUCUCGCAUAUCGGGAUACUUUCACCUCCAUCAUUACCACGUUCACACGUCAGCCUGCAGCCGGUUUAUACAGCUGAUCCAUGUUUCUGUGUCAUUUCUUUUUCUAGACUUUUCUUGAAACUUCUAAGCCAUUUUUUUCUAUAGAUCUUUGCGUGUGUGUGUGAGAGACAAAAGAAACUUCUCUUUUCUCUUUAACUGUGAAUCUUUCAGGGAACACUACAGGAAAUUCACUCACCUCUAUGUGUGGGCAUUGGAAGUUCUUAUUGCAUUUUGAUUAACACAGUAAAGCGUUCAAAGAAUAAAACAUCACUGGAUGAUAAGGAAGUUUGAAGUGUUUCAAUAAAGACAACGUUCUGAUGGUCCA